AUGGGGAAGCACUUCCUGCUGCUCCUGCUGGGUCUCUCCCUAGUGUUGGGCUUCCUGCAAGCUCUGACAUGCUUGCGGUGUGACUUACUAAACGCUGAUGGAGAGUGUAAGAAAGGAAACAGCACGUGUGAGGCUAAAGAUGGCCAGGAAUGUGGCAUAAUGGUAGUUUCUAAAGGUUAUGAUAUCCUGUUUGGGCAGCAGGAUUGUUCUUCUAAUUGCUUAAAUAAGACUUUCACAUAUUAUAACAUAACACUGGAUUUUUCCUGUUGCCAAAACCAAUCUUUGUGUAAUGAGUUUUAG